UGUCAAUAAAGGGUAUAAAAAAAUAUUUUAAUUUAUUGUUUAAAUAAGAAAGUUUUUUUACUAUUUUAAAGAAACCCCGUAUUUAUUAUAAUUUAUUACUAUGUCCGAUGAUUAUCAAAAACAACUUUUAGCUUAUAAUGAAGAUAAACGUACUGCUUGUAAAUAUGGUGAUAAAUGUUAUCAGAAGAAUCCGAAACACUUAGAAAAGUUUAAACACCCACCAUCUGAUAAUUUAAAGGAAUUCACUCAAGCCACAAAGAAACAGAAGUUAAAUAAUGGAGAAUCAAAUACAACUCAUGCUUCAAAAAUUGAAAAGGAUGGUCCUGAAAACGAAGAUAAUAGUGAAUUGAAUAUUGAAAAUCAAUCCGAAAAUGAGGAUAAUGAUACGGAUAAGGAACAUCAAAAUACUACAAAAACCAAUAAUUCCCAGGUUGAUACGAAACCUGAAUCGGAGUUAACUGAGUCAGAAUUUAUACAACGUAAUUUUCUUGUAAAAAUGCCAGAUGAUUUUUACAAAUUUUGGGAGUUUUGUAAAAUUAUUAAUGAAAAAGAUCCGUUACAUGCAUUUGAAAAGGUUGAUUUAGUACUAGUGGGUCCGUUUGAUGUGUUAGCCGGUAAAUUUCAAAAUGUUACUAAAACUAAAAAUGAGUAUUUACGACAUUGGAGGUAUUAUUACGAUCCACCAGAGAUGCAAACGGUUAUCAAAUGUUAUGAUAAAGAAGGCUAUCAUAUUGGAUAUUACAGAGAUGAACCCUUGUCAGAUCCAUGUUUUGUCUGCAGUGGAAAUUUGAUAAAUGGCCAAUUAACAAUUAUGGCAGGAAAUUUGUUUGGAGCUGUUAAUGUAUAUUUGGAUAAUUAUGUUCAAAAAAAAUGUACACCUUUCAAUAAAAUGGGUAUAGUAAAAUUUCAGACCAAAUUAAAAGAUUAUGCAAAAACUGAAAAUAUUACAUUAGAAACGAAAACAGAUGAAAUGAAAUCUCGAAAUAAUAAAGUCGUCACAAGAACGUUCAGUGGCAUUGGAAUUGUUGUCCCAUAUAAUAAAAAAACGCAACUAGGGUAUCGGCCUUUGAUUGAAACUAAAGAUAAAAUAAAGAAACUACUAAAUAAUAUUGUGGAAGCAAAAGAAGAUGGUUUACGUGACGAUUUCUUAUCGAAACUUCAACCAAUUAUUACGAUGGCAAGUAUUGCUGCUGAUGAAUGUGAUUUUGGUACAAGCCUUGAAUUAGGACUGGAUUUAUUUAAUUAUGGUGGUGAAGUAUUUCAUAAUAUCAUUCUUAGUUUAUUAAUAUCAUCAUAUCAGUUAUUAGGACGUGAUUCAUUUGGUGAUAUUAUGCAGGCGCAUUUACAAGAUCGUAAAAAAAGUAAUAAUUUAAGUAUAUUAUAA